ACGCUCACCUUGUCCCUCCCUCCCCUCUAUGUCAACGCUCACAACGGUCACUCUGCACACCCCGCUGUCGGUAUAACCAUGGCCCUGUUGAAAUCCAGUAAGGUGAUCUGUGGUAUUGGGAGUAUUUCCCCAUCCUUGGGCGUUCUCCCCAGCCGUAACAGCUCAUGGUGGGGGGGAGUGCAGAUGGGCCCCCCUGAUCCCAUCCUGGGGGUGUCUGAGGCCUACAAGAGGGACUCCAACCCCAAGAAGAUGAACCUGGGAGUGGGGGCCUACAGAGAUGACCAGGGCAAGCCGUUCGUGCUCAGCUGUGUCCGCAAGGCGGAGGCUUUGAUUGCUGCGAAGCAGUUGGAUAAAGAGUACCUGGGCAUCGGGGGGCUGGCAGAUUUCACCAAGUCCUGUGCCCAGCUGGCCCUGGGGGCCGACAGUGAGGUCCUGAAGAGUGGCAGGAACAUCACCGUCCAGACUAUCUCAGGAACUGGAUCUUUGCGUAUUGGAGCAAACUUUCUGUCCCGCUUCCACACGGAGGCGCGUGACGUGUACCUGCCCAAGCCCUCCUGGGGGAACCACACCCCCAUCUUCAGAGAUGCUGGCAUGCAGCUGAAGGCCUACCGCUACUACGACCCCGCAACCUGCGGCUUCGACUUCAAAGGCGCUCUGGACGACAUCUCUAAAAUCCCAGAGAAGAGUGUGAUCAUGCUGCACGCCUGCGCCCACAACCCCACCGGCGUGGACCCCCGCCCUGAGCAGUGGAAGGAGAUCUCUGACCUGGUCAAGAAAAGGAACCUGCUGGUGUUCUUUGACAUGGCCUACCAGGGCUUCGCCAGCGGGGACAUCGACCGUGACGCCUGGGCUGUGCGCUACUUCAUCGAGCAGGGCCACAACAUCAUCCUGUCCCAGUCCUUCGCCAAGAACAUGGGCCUUUACGGUGAGCGUGUGGGAGGGUUCACAGUGGUGUGUGCUGAUGCCGAAGAGGCCAAGAGGGUGGAGUCACAGCUGAAGAUUCUGAUCCGGCCCAUCUAUUCCAACCCACCCAUGAAUGGAGCCAGGAUCGCUACCACCAUCCUCAACACACCAGAGCUCUACACCAUCUGGUUGGGGGAGGUCCAUGGCAUGGCUAACCGCAUCAUCAAGAUGAGGGAGCAGUUGGUGGCUAACCUGCAGAAGGAAGGCUCCACCUGCAACUGGCAGCACGUCAUCGACCAGAUUGGCAUGUUCUGCUUCACAGGACUGAAACCCGAGCAGGUGGAGCGCCUUACUAAGGAGUUCUCCGUGUACAUGACCAAGGACGGACGCAUCUCCAUGGCGGGCGUCACCUCGGGCAACGUGGGAUACCUGGCGCAGGGAAUCCACGCCGUCACCAAGUAGAGAGAGGGGCAUGCUGGGAGAGCAAGGGGCACUGUGGCACUGGACAUGAAUACAAUCAGAACAACAACAAUAGUGGAGCUUUCUGCAUUCCUCCUCUCCCCCACACACAUCCACCAUCCCUCAUUCUGUGUGACUGUUGAUGUGGUUUGAUCAUGGCUUCAAUUCAACCCCCCCACCCCCCGUUGUUUAACGGUUACACCCCCCCUGACCAGACCACUGUGUCAGGUUGUGCUCGGGUGUAUGUUUCGGCUUAUUUAUUAUAUAUGAAGUUUAUUAAUGAUCUGUUUAAUUAAUGUCCUAGAUGAAUGCUUCCUUUUCAAACCAGCUGCAUGAGAUAUGGUUCCACCAGUGUGUGUGUUGGGGAGGGAUAGGUGGGUGUGUUUUGGUAGAUGGGGAAGGGGGCAGGGUUGUUAUUUAUGUUAAAGAUGGGUUGCAUUUCAGAUUCAUUUCAGCCCAUUUAGGACGUAAAGAGGCCAGUAGCAAUAGAGAUUCUACAAGCACAAAGAGUGACGCAGCUUUAGUCCUCUGGUGCGUCAGUGACAGGUCGGGUACAGGUUCAAAUCUUUGUAGUCUAGAUCAAUAUUAUUCAGCUGACAUCUAUUAAGUUGGGUUCUACCUGUGUAGGCAUUGUUACUCCCUACUUCCUGCCCCGCUUUAGAGCUUCUACAUACUGUACUAGUAUCAAAUGUAGUUCGGAUCUCCAAGUUCCUCAUCUUUUUGUGUCAUUCUGAUUGUAAGUGAGAGAAUGUGUAGAUGUCUACAGUAUGUUCUCUCUCUACUCAUGUUGAUUUAAAAUGGGCUUUCAGUCAACAUGUUCUGGUUUUAUGCUCAUUGCAUCAGUAAACAUCCUGUUUUACGGUUGUAUCAUUUCCUCUGAGCAAACAAUAAACCCUACAACUGUAA